AAAUUACCCUUGAAAUGAGCGUUCGGCCUGGCGACCUGUGCAUUAUCACAUCGUUUCGCAUCGGGUGCCGGGAUAGAGGAUAAUGUAGACGUUUACCACGUCUAGAUUUGGAUUCCGACACUGCAUCUCUGUUGUGUUGUAGGAGCUGCUGCAUCCCGCCUCUCUUUCCUCCACUCCCUUUUCAGCUGAACAUUGAACGUCGAACUGCGUUGCAAUCGCCAGAGCUCCUUGGAUAUACAUUUUACGAACGAGACCGACCGAACGACCGACCGACUGGGCGAAACAAGCGAAACACAAUAAUAGCCGUAGCCUAAAACAACUGCAUAAGAGCGGCGGGGCCUUUGCGCCGCCCGGAAGCCAAGAAAGAUGCUUCUCAUCCACCAGACCGGCAGCGUCAAGAUUGGCGAAGUUGUCCGCUAUACCAUCACCUACGCUCCCUCGCAGGACCGCAUCCUGCCGUCGCCCGAGCGGCUGUAUGUGCGCAUUCGCAACACGUCCAACAUUGCCCUGCGAGCGGCCUUUGUCCACGGCCCAUACACGCUGAGCGUGGCGACGUAUCCCGCCAAAUUCAACCCCAACGAAAAGUUCCCCAGCCCGCGCCGCUAUGGCGUUCCCGAGUUCGAGCCGAUGCUCAAGGCCGGAGGGUCAUGGGAGUGCCAGCUGAUCGUGCCUGAAGACAUACGGCAAGCGGCGGGGACGGGAGCCCAUGGCACGUUUGGCAACGGUCCGGAGCACGAUUCCGAGAGCGUGAGCUGGGUGAUUGAGAUUUCCUCGCAGGUCAUCUUCUCUACAUCAGCGGCGGUGGGAUACGAGCUGUUGGUGGCAAGAGAACAAAAGUCGCUGAGCCUGAGCUCUUCCAUUCCGGUGGUGGGCGGUCAGGCCCAGGUGCCGCAGCCGGGAAAGCUAGUGGACCAUCAGCAGAGCAUCGGGGCCAAGGACGGCCAUCAUCCGGCACAGCCUCACGGGGUCUUCUCAAGGGCGGUACACGUCAAGGUGGAAGAUACGGCCACUUUGUGGAACACGCCGCGGCUGCCGGCAUGGGAUGAUGCUGGCGAUAAAAGGGUCGACGAACGGCCUGCCGCCGACAAGCCUGUCGAGAGCAUGGCCAAGACCGGUGAUGCGGAAACCGAGGAGGAGCCGCUUCCGGGGAAGCAAAAGAAGAUUCACCUUGUCAUUCUGACGCAUGGGUUGCAUAGCAAUCUGGGCGCAGAUAUGCUGUUCAUGAAAGAGAGCAUUGAUGCUGCUGCAAAACAGGCCAAGAUUGAUGCCAAGGCGAGAAGAGCAAAGAAGCGCGCAGAAGCUGAAGCUAGUGCCGGCGACGGCAACAAGACGAAAGACGAGGCUUCUUCGACGGGAAGCGAAGACGGCAGCGAGGAUGAAGACGAAGAGGUCAUUGUGCGAGGAUACUCUGGAAACGCCACCAAGACAGAGAAGGGGAUCAAGUACCUCGGCAAGAGGCUAGCGAGAUAUGUCCUAUCCAUGACAUACCCGGACCAACCCUUCUUACCGAUAGGAGGAAAAGGCACGUUUGAAGGCUUUUCACAAGGACUAGGCGAGCAGGGAGCGCACGACUUUAUCCAAGCUCACAAGAACAGCACCAUCGCCAAGGCAUCCAACCCGGAGGGAGCUCAAGACCAUGCCAAAAUCCGAAAACCUUACAAGGUUACGAGCAUCAGCUUCAUUGCGCACUCGCUAGGCGGCCUGGUUCAGACUUACGCUAUUGCAUACAUACAAAAGCAUUCGCCUCGGUUUUUCGACAUAAUAAAACCUAUCAACUUCAUCGCCCUGGCCACGCCCUUUUUGGGCUUGAGCAACGAAAACCCUCUCUACGUCAAGUUUGCGCUCGAUUUUGGCCUCGUGGGGAGGACGGGGCAGGACUUGGGUUUGACGUGGAGGGCGCCGACGAUUGCACGGAGCGGUUGGGGUGCCAUUGUGAGCAACCUAGGCGAAUCUGCCCACAAGAAGGUCUACGGAGAAUCACAGCCCGAGUCCAAGCCUUUGUUGCGAAUCUUACCCUCAGGGCCCGCCCACAACGCCCUCAAGAAAUUUCGGAACCGAACAGUCUACUCCAAUGUGGUCAAUGAUGGCAUUGUUCCGUUGCGCACGAGUUGCCUGUUAUUCUUGGACUGGCAGGGUCUAGGGCGCGUCGGCAAAGCCAGGAGAGAUGCCGGCCUCGUCGAGACGGUUGUGGGCUUUGGAUGGGCAGAGCUCACAGGUGCCAACAUGGGAUCAUCGCGGCUGAAGCUGCAGAAUCUCCCGGAUGACGUUGAGAUAGACUCGGGAGCUACGACCCCUAAUGGCGAUGGCACCACCAACAAUGGCGACAACAGCAAUAGCCACCAAGUGCCACAGCCAUCCAAUGAUGCUCUCGCCGAAGACGACCGGGCCAGUCUCCGCUCGGUUCCGGCGGUGUUUGCAGAUGAGCCACUGGAAAGCCCGGGAGAUAACGUGCUCCACACUCCACUCACUGGGUUCUUUAAUCUAUUUAGGAGUAACGACCCUCCAAAGGAGCAGCCCGUGACGGAGAAACAGAAGAAGAUUCUACGUAGGAGCCAGACACUGAAGAACGAUGCAGAUGCUUCUAGCACUGCCGGCAGCUCCAAUUCGUCAGAUACGGGCAAGCGAACCGGAAAGGCAACAGCGGGACACGAGCUUGAGAAUGACACUGAAGGUUUGAGGGCACCACCCAGGACCACGUUCUUCGAAUCUGCCGGUGACCUGCUCAAUCCCAAGAUUCCAGAUGUGGAAUGGCUUGUUGAUCCAUCGAAGCGGCCGCGGACAAUCUUCCACGAUCGAGUGUACCAUCCGACAGACAUCCCCGCGCCGCCAUUGAAGAAGCGGACUCCUUCAGCGCUAAGUAAGAUGAAGCUCAAGUCCUCGUCUUCGUCGUUGCUCUCUCCCGGCGGCAGCGGAUCGUCGACGCCACACUCUGGGAUAAAUCACGAGGAUUCGAUGGCCUCGGCAAAGGAUUACGAUGACACUGCAAACACGGGUCCUGAAAAGCAGCCCAACGAGGUUGUCGACGGCUCGAACAUGCGUGUUGAGGAAAAAAUUUCGCGCGGAUACCACAAGGACUUGUCAUGGCGGAAGGUGCUUGUCAAGUUGGAACCGGAUGCCCACAACAACAUAUUCGUGCGCCGUAUGUUUGCCAACGCUUAUGGUUGGCCAGUCGUCAAGCACUUGGUCGAUGCUCACUUUAGCGACUCGGCCGUCUCACGAUUACGCACCGAGGACGAGUACAUGGGCGAGCGGGCCUUGGACAUUAGUCAACCCCCUGCUGCGGACGGUGGCGAGACUAAAACGGUGUCUAUGCGGCAAGCCCGUGGCCUUGCUCCGGAGCCGACGAAUGCGAGCGAAGCUCGGGAGGCGCUCGACGAGGUGCCUCCCCUGCCGAGGACGCAAGACACUGAUCGGUCUUCCUUGGCAAACCACAGCCACCACAGUGAUAGAGGGGAUUCAAUGUCGUGGAGUGAGCGUGAUUGGGCGAGCAGUGAAAAUGAAAGUGAGUUUGAUUAUAUUAAUGAUGUGGUUGGCGACAAGAAACUGGAUAAACCAAAAGAAAGUCAAGGCGGGAGACUAAGUCCGUCAUCAUGGAACUGGACAGAGAAGAUUGUGGGCAAAGGGGCCAUGAAGGCGAGAAGCAAGAGCCCG